CCUUAUCAUUCUAUCGUUCACUGUGCCCUUCGUUCCCAUACUAGUUAGUUAUCCAUCACUGCUUUCGCGUCUGCUUCCAACGCGUGUCUCUGCACCGGCUCCAUGUCAUCUUUCAUUCCCCAUGCUUUCCCGACGUAACAACCGCGACGCUUCCCUUCUCUCCCCCGGCGGUUACGAUGAGGAUGCCGAGUCGCUACGUUCCCCCUCAGAGCAGGACUCUGAUUCCGAAGACGACGAAUUCCUGCGCCGAUCCCGGACCACUUUAGAACUCGCCGAGCACGAUCGCUCAGUUUUAGACGAUGAAGAAGAAACAGAGAAGCUGUUGACCCGAAGCGGUCCGACUCAUGGCCUUCGCCGCAUUUUUAGCCCCAAUAGCAGCAGUGUCCGGAUUGGGAAGCAAGAACGCAGGCGACAAAGGAGGCAGGCCAGGAGGGACGCUCGCAGUAGACGUCGGGGAAAGUUGCGAGGAUCAGCUGAGAUGCUGUUUGAGAUGGAAGAAGGCCAUCCAGACGAUGAGAGCUCGCUCUUGAGUUCCUCCUCGUCCGAUCUGGACCGCCGCCUCAAGGAUUACGCCUCCGUCCCCUCACCGCGUCUUUCAUGGCGUAAACUCCUCUUGAUCUUCUCCACAGUUUUGGUCCUUUUUUUCAUACUCCUGUUGGGAGCCUACAAAGCAUCGACGAAAUUCCGAGCCUCACAUUCGUCAAAUCGUUUCUUGUCCAACGGCACCGCUCUUUUUGCACCCACCACAAUCCUGAUCUCGCUAGAUGGCUUUCGAGCGGACUUCUUGAACCGUGGCUUAACCCCGGCUCUCAACUCCUUGAUUGCGAACGGUGUCUCCCCGCAGUAUAUGCUCCCCAGCUUCCCGAGCGUGACCUUUCCCAACCAUUUCACCCUCGUGACUGGACUAUACCCUGAAAGUCAUGGCAUUGUUGGAAAUACUUUCUGGGACCCGGAGAUGGAGGAUGAGUUCUACUACACUCACCGCGCUGCCAGCAUGCAAGCCAAGUGGUGGAAUGCCGAACCGCUCUGGAUGACCGCCGAAAACCAGGGGGUGAAGGCUGCCAUUCAUAUGUGGCCCGGCUCUGAGGCACAUAUCGGCGGUGUCGAGCCAACGUUUCUUGACCGCUACAAUGGCUCCGAAGCCCUCUCGCGGAAAGUCGAUCGUAUCCUCGGCCUGUUGGACUUGCCUGGCGUGGAGGAUGCGACGCAAGCGUCCCGCCCACAGUUCAUUGCGGCUUACGUUCCCCACGUGGACGCCGACGGGCAUCUGUACGGGCCCAACAGUACUGAGACUCGGAGUACAAUAGCCAAGGUCGACACCAUGCUUGCUGGCCUUCUUGCUGGCCUUCAAGAUCGCAACUUGACUGAAAUUGUUAAUGUGGUGAUUGUUUCUGAUCAUGGAAUGGCCAGUACUGCCACCGAGCGACUGGUGCAGCUUGAAGACUUGAUCGACCUGAGCUUGGUCGCGCGCAUCGAUGGCUGGCCUCUGCGUGGGCUACGUCCCAAGCGACCAGAAGACCUGGCAGUUCUCCAGAAUCAGCUCGAGAGCGUGGCACCCAACUUCUCUCAUGCGCUGGAAUUCUACACCCGGGAAGGCAUGCCCGAAAGAUACCAUUUUAAGAACAAUGACCGUAUCGCGCCUCUGUGGGUUAUUCCCAAGGCAGGUUGGGCGAUUGUCGAACGACCGGAUUUCGACGCCCAAAAGGCUCUUGACAACGGAGAGGUUUAUCACCCCAAAGGGAUUCAUGGCUACGAUCAUGAGCACCCCUUGAUGCGGGCGAUCUUUAUUGCGAGAGGCCCCGCGUUUCCUCAUGAGCCAAACAGUCGGCUAGAGGUCUUCCAAAAUAUCAAUGUCUACAACCUGAUCUGUGACUCCCUCGGGGUGACGCCACAUCCCAACAAUGGAACACUUCGUCUUCCUUUGAAACCGGUGGGGCUUCACUCUGACGAGGAUUCACAUCUAGAGGAGCCUGCUGAUCCGCCAUCGAUUACAACCACCGUUGCUGAACUCCUCAAGCCCUCGACAACGUCCACCAGUUCUGCGAGUCCCACGUUCACGCAUGACGCAGUUGUCGAAGCGCCACCAGAGACUAGCCCCGGGAGCGAGGACGAAAGGGGUCCGACCUGGUGGGGGACAUUGUGGGAAACGCUCGAAGAGGCGAAGGAUUGGGCGACUGAUGUGUUUGACACAGUCAAAGAUAACUUCGUGUCGGGGUCGUAAAACGGAUGCUUUCUUGAGGCACCCACCCAUUCGUUAGUUUUGUCUCCUUCAUUAUACUAUACUACCUGCCACCCAGUGGGUUUUGUGAAGCGUUCUGGAGGGAGUACUUGAUACACACCAUAUAAUAAUUCGAGAUACCCGUUGUUGAUCGAUUGAUAGUAUAUUGAAAUGG